CAUAAAGUAGUAAUGAAAUCAAGGGCAGAAUCUCUCGUUUUGCUCUCUGUAUUUUUCAGUUUGAUCAUCACAAUAGCUCAGAAAUGUGAUUACAUUUUGUUUGUAAGAGGACAGAAAGUGCCUGCUAUUUUUAUGUUUGGGGACUCUUAUGGAGAUACAGGGAAUAAUGAUUUCAUAAUUACGACAAUUGCUAGUGAUUUCCUUCCAUAUGGAAGAGAUUUCGAAGAUCGCAUUCCCACAGGAAGGUUCUCCAAUGGAAAACUCAUCUCUGACUACUUUGUUGAAGGACUUGGAAUCAAGGAACUGUUGCCCCCAUAUUUGGAUCCAAACCUCGAGCCCCAAGACUUGCUAACUGGUGUCUGUUUUGGAUCCUCUGGCACAGGCUUAGACAAUCUCACUGCCCAAAUAAGUAAUGUGAUACCAGUUUGGAAACAAAUUGAGUAUUUUAAAGAGUAUAGAAACAGAAUAGCAGGAUUGGUGGGUGAAGAAGAGGCCGCCACCAUAAUCAGAAAUGCAAUAGUUUUCAUUACAAUAGGCACCAAUGACUUCAUUCUCAACUACUUCACACUCCCAACUCGUCCACUUCAGUUUACUAUUCAAGAGUAUACAGAUUUUCUCUUGAAUAUAUACACAGUUUGUAUCAAGGAAUUAUACAAUCUGGGUGCCACUAGAUUUGCUUUGAUUAAUGUUCCACCAUUGGGAUGUUUACCAAUAGAGAGAACACUUAGAAGCCUUUCGAAUAGGGGAGCAUGUGAUGAACAGAUAAACAAGGCUGCAUCUGGAUUCAAUUCGGGAUUAAAUGCCAUGAUUGAUGGACUCAAAUCUACUUUUCCUAGGCUUCAAAUUGUCUCUCUGGAUUAUAACAAUCUAAUUUCCGAGUUCAUUGCAAAUCCUAGCAAAUAUGGUUUGGAGGUGAUUGCAAGGGGUUGCUGUGGGACGGGCACACUAGAAACUUCCUUCAUAUGCAAUGAAUUGAGUCCCUUUACAUGUCCUGAUGCUUCCAAAUAUCUCUUCUUUGAUUCCGUGCACUUUACUCAGAAGGCAUAUCAAAUCAUUUCUAAUACAUUUUUAACCAGAGAUGUUCCUCAAGUUCUUUGAACUUGUUCAUAGAUUUAUUUACAAUGCAAAGG